AUGGACCAUAAGGGAGAAAUAGCUGCAGAUAUGGACAUUGAGUUCUUGGUGAUUUCGCCUGAGGGGGAUUUGAUGAAAAGGAAAUUGGGGAGUAUUGAUAGACACAGAAUUAUAAUUAAUGAAUUUGCUCUUUCAUGGAUAAAUCUGCUCAACAAGUCUCUGCCUCAGUCCCAAUGUGUGGAAAGUUGUCAUCCUGGGUUUGUCAAGCGGAAGCGAGAAGGAGAGCCUGCUUGCUGCUACGACUGUAUUCCUUGUCCUGAGGGGACCAUCUCCAUUCAUGAAGCCACAGGCCUUGUUUUAAUCAUAUUCCUUCAACAUCAGGAAACUCCCCUUGUCAAAGCCAACAACCGAGACCUCUCUUACGUCCUCCUGGCCUCCCUCCUGCUUUGCUUCUUGUCUCCUUUUCUCUUCAUUGGUCAACCAAGGAAAGCCACCUGCCUUCUCCGACAAACCAUUUUCAGCAUCAUCUUCUCAGUUGCCAUUUCUUCUGUCUUGGCCAAAACCAUCACAGUAGUGCUGGCUUUCCUGGCCACAAAACCAGGAAACCGAGUAAAGAGAUGGCUGGGGAAGAGCUUGGCCAACUCCAUCAUCCUUUCUUGUUCUAGUGUCCAGAUUAUGAUCUGCUCCAUCUGGUUGGGAAUUUCUCCCCCAUUCCGUGACUCAGACUUUUACUCCCAGCCUGGGGAGAUCAUCCUGCAAUGCAACGAAGGCUCUGUUUUCAUGUUCUACAUCACCCUCAGCUACAUGGGCUUCCUGGCUGCCAUCUGCUUCACAGUGGCUUUCCUGGCCAGGAAUCUCCCUGGAGCCUUCAAUGAAGCCAAGCUGAUCACCUUUAGCAUGCUGGUCUUCUGCAAUAUAACCGCCCUGCUGCCGUGUUUCAGGUGA